AUGCAUCCCAGCGCUAUCAUCCUCGGCCUCAUUGGCAUUGCCAGUGCCCAGACACUCAACAUUCCCUCUCGUGUGGGGAGUAUUGUCUCUUUGCCCUCUCCUAGUGUGAUCACAGGUAGUGUUGAUCUGGGAAAUCGGGAAUACGAUCGUGGUCGAGCCUGCGACAAUGAUGAUGACACUGGCGAUGAAAAUGCCGUGUUCAUCUUGCAAGAUGGAGCAUCACUGAGUAACGUGAUCAUUGGGAAGGAUCAGCUCGAAGGCAUCCACUGCAAAGGAUCCUGCACCCUGACCAACGUUUGGUUCCGCGAUGUCUGCGAGGACGCCAUUUCCAUCCUCGGAACCGGAAAUGCACUCAUCAAAGGCGGAGGCGCUCAAGAGGCCAAAGACAAGGUGGUGCAACACAACGGCCAAGGAACCGUCACGAUUGAUGGAUUCACUGUGGUGAAUGCAGGCAAAUUGUAUCGCUCAUGCGGCAACUGCAGUAACAACAAGAGCAAAAGCCCACGGAAGGUGGUGGUCAAGAACGUCAAGGCCAAGAAUGUGUCUACUUUGGUGGGAAUCAACUCCAAUUACGGUGAUACAUCAAGCGUGAGCAACACAUGUGGAUCUAGCGUCAGCCAUGUGUGCCAGGAGUUUGAGGGAGUGGAUAAAUCGGAGGGAAGAGAAAGCCCGAAGCUGACAACCACUGCUUCGUGCAAAGGGCAAUCUUCUCUUUCGUCUUGCUGA